CACAGCAGAAGACUUGUCUUGGGGAGGAGUUAGUGUAGCCUAGCUCUGCAUUGGUGCAUUGGUUCAAUGAGGACAAUGUAGUUACCCCUAAACCGCAGGGCUGGGUCAAAUCGAACGUGACAUUCUUCUUUUGACGUGUCUAGUGGAGAGGUGGGAGCUGUCACAUGGACUGAGGGACACGGGGGUCUUACCGAGGGGACUACUUUAUAAACCCCAGAAGAUACAGCGUCCUCUAUAUGACAAGACCUCUAGUAGAGUGUCAGCUAGGUGGCCUCUAUACUCAGUUGCGAUGCAUGCCGUACACAGAUUUGUUAGUCAACAGUCUGUGUUUCAUUCUAUUUCAACAUUUUGUUAUGCAUUCUGAAGACUUAAAUAUAACUUUCUCGGGAGUUUACAUUUAUUUUUCAGUGUCAUUUCAAUUUAGUUUGAGAACAUUUUAUACAUCAAAUGUGGCUUCUUGGUUCAGCUCCCGAAGUCAUGGAAGAGCGCCUGUCACCUUCUGCACGUUUUGUCCGAAGCCCCUGGAAUAACCAUAAUCAAGCCGCAACGAGGGUUCACAGUAUUGAAGCAAUAUUGGGAUUUAAAGACGAAAAUAUGUUUCAUCAAUCUGUGUCCUACAAUGGAUCAGGAAAACCCGCUGAGCCGAGAGGAAACGGAAUUAUGUCAUCCCCGAAGAAAGAACUCAACACAAAAGGUUUUGACAGUGUCUGCUGCAGCAGUUCGGGGGCCUCUGUCAGUCCUGACUUACCUGAAGGGGAGGAUACAUUGUACGUUGAUGAGAACCCAAAGAAGAAACACCGGCGCAACAGGACCACGUUCACCACCUUUCAGCUGCACGAGCUGGAGAGAGCGUUCGAAAAGUCGCACUAUCCUGACGUCUACAGCAGAGAGGAGAUCGCGCUGAAAGUUCAUCUUCCCGAGGUCCGAGUACAGGUGUGGUUCCAGAACCGUCGGGCCAAGUGGCGUCGCCAGGAGAAGCUGGAGGUGAGCUCCAUCAAGCUCCAGGACACUUCCUCCUUCCUGUCCUUCAGCCGCUCCUCCUCCCAGUCUCUGGGCUCCGGGCUACAGGUGGAGCCAUGGCUCAGCACUCCCACCACCACUGCCACCCCCCUGCAGUCCCUUUCCGGGUUCAUCACCAGCCCAUCUCAGGGUCUCCAAAGAACCUCCAGCUACACUCCUCCACCCUUUCUCAACUCCCCCAGUUUCGGGCAUAUUGGUUCUCUGUGUCCUCCUCCGCCGCCCCCGUACCAGUGCUCAGCGUCUGGGUACGUGGACAAGUUAACUAUGGAGGAGUUGGAUCCUCGUAAUUCUAGUAUUGUGUCUCUGAGGAUGAAGGCUAAGGAGCAUAUUCAGUCUAUUGGAAAACAUGGUGAGGAUGGAUGCUGGCUUGCAUCCCUCUGAGGCAAUGCAAAGACGAAAGACUUCUACUGAAUGUAUUGUUGCUGCGUUAUAGACAUUAAAGUCCAAUGUGCUGGAGGACUCUUCUCCACAAGAUGAUGAACAAAGUUUUUUUGUCUUCUUCAAUGGUUUAUAGUAUCAUCCCAGUCAGUGUUUUUUGUGCAUUCUCAGUAUAUUCAAGUUAUAUAAUGUACUUUCCUCAUCAAUGUAAUGCUUGCAUUCACCAAGAUACAUCUGGUUUACUCUGGUCUACUUUUAGGUUCUGACUUAGGAAAUGUACACUUUUCCUACUUACCUUGUGCAGGUGCGUAAAGGUAUCCAAACAAGCUGCGUAGGUUCGGUUGGCUAGGUGAAGUGAACAUCUGUGCUUGCAUACUCCCUUAAAGGGAUACUUUGGGAUUUUGGCAAUAAAGCCUUUUAUCCACUUCCCCAGAAUCAGAUGAACUCAUGGAUACCAGUUUUAUGUCUCUGCACCCUGUUUGAAGGAAGUUAGAGGUAGUCUAUGGUAUCUACUAGCAUGCUAGCAAUAUUAAUGUUUGUUCCUCUUGAGACGCCAUAUCCAGUACACUUCCUCAAAAUAGUCCAAAUUAAGAUUAUGAUAACUCAAGAAAUCUGUAAUUAGUUUUGACGUUUUUGCCAAGGAGGUUUUAGUCGCAAAAUUUUACAUCUAAGAUUUUGGUGCAGUAUUUCUCAAGUGAAAAACUUUGCAUGAAGACUAGUCGUCUGUUGUUGAAUGCCAACAAACACUUAAUUGAAGAAUCCCUAAUGUUGACCAAUCACCAACGAAAGGCAUACUUCGGCUUGCCUCAAUUAAAAGUGUGCUCGAACAGGCUAGGAAAAAAACUGACGAACACUGCCAAACACCAAAACAAACAAAAACCUCACAAAAUGUUGUCAUAAUAUAUGCAGUAACUGUUUAGACUGGGAAGCAUAAAAUAAUCUUAACAGGCUUUGCAGAUGUGGUUACCUUGAAUAAAUGUAAUUCAACUGCUGAAAACCCUCCCACUUGCUGGCCAACAGAUUUGCUCGUGAAAUGUUUAUUCAAUAGCCAUCCCUUUAAA